GAUAACGACUAUAUGGGCGAAAUGACGGUAGCUAAUUUGGAUGAGGAUCAGCUCUCCAAAGACAGCACGGGGCUAGAUAGCAAUGUAGAUAACGGUAGCAGAGAGCAGAGAGCAGUGUUAGUGGGCUCCUUGUGCAGCAUACAGGAACAUGGAAUGCAGCAUGAGGUUUGGGCGUUUAAGAGGUAUGGACCAUUUGAAUGUGAGGCCAAGGUCUACUGCCAUUAACAAGAUGAGACUCCUCCCCUGCAAUGCUCAUGCUGACCAGCGGUAUAAUAGAGAUGAAGGGGGGACGAGCAUGCCCUUGGGCAUUAGAAGGCGUCCUUCCACAGGGCCUCCUUUGCAUUAUGUUGGGCCUUUUGAAUUCCGUUUGCAGAAUGAAGGAAACACUCCCAGGAACUUGCUCGAGGAAAUUGUUUGGAACAAAGACAAGGAGAUUUGGGAGAUGAAAGAGAGAAGACCCCUUGCAAGCUUGAAAAGAGGCAUGACAAGCCUGCCCCCAAGGGAUUUUAUUGGUGCACUCAAGGCUCGAGAGGCAGAAACCGGUAUGCCCGCUCUCAUUGCAGAAUUAAAGAAGACGUCACCCUUUGAAAGUGUCCUCCAGCCUAAUUUCAAUGCGGCUGAAAUUGCCCAGGCUUAUGAAAAUGGAGGAGCAGCUUGUAUUAGUGUAUGGACAGACUCCAAAUAUUACCAGGGGAGCUUUGAAGAUUUGCAGGCGGUUCGAGAUGCUGGGAUAAAGUGUCCUUUAUUGUGCAAAGAAUUCAUCAUUGAUGCAUGGCAAAUAUAUUAUGCUCGGUUGAAAGGUGCAGAUGCAGUUCUUUUAAUGGCUAGUAUCUUGCCUGACCUUGACAUAAAAUAUAUGACAAAGAUUUGCAAAGUCCUUGGGAUGGCCGCCUUGGUUGAGGUAUCCAAUGUAAGGGAGCUUGAUCGUGUGCUGGAAAUAUCUGGGAUAGAACUAAUUGGAAUCCAAAGCCGAAACCUUGAAACUUUUGAAGUUGAUGUAAAUAUGAUUGAAAAUCUCCUUCAAGGGGAACGAUUACAGAGGAUUUGUGAUAGAGAUAUCAUUGUGGUUGCAGAAUCUAGCCCGUCCACUAAUAGUGACAUUGCAUUAGUGCAAAGCGCUGGAGCCAGAGCUGUUUUGGCUGGUGAAUAUCUUGUCAAGCAAAACAAUCCAGCUGCUGCCAUUGCAGAACUUUUUGGAAAAGAUAUCUCAAUUGAAUCCAAAACGGAAGCAAUCGUAGCUUGAAGCGCUCGGGGUUAUGGGAUGCCUCAAAUCAGUGCUAUACAGAAUUUGUUGUUUAGUUAGCCUCACAUAUCUUGUAUAAUAGUGCCUUACAAUAGUAAGGUAACUAAAUCAUUUAAAUAUGAUGAAGCAAAAGAUUUGUACUCCUGUGGGCUGUCUUUGAUGUGUAUUUCAGAUAUCUUAACCCAAAAAAAGGCUGAUACAGAGACUGAUGCAAAAUAAAGUAUAAACAACAAAAAAUAGAGAAUAAUGACAUGUAUUUUGUUAUUAACCUCACACAUGUAAUAAUGACUUUGUUGAUUCCAAGAAUCAGUUUGUGACAAUCCGUAUGCCAAUUAUGUAAAUGAUAUUCAAAUUUAUGUUCAA